CGCGCCUCUCUCUCAAUCCUCUCUAAACCCUCGUCCUCACGACACCUCUCUCUCAAUCCUCUCUAAACCCUUAUUUCGAGUCUCACAUUCAAAUCUCAAAGAUUCACCGAUUUCGAAGCUCCACUUCCACCACCAUCUGCACCGGCGAGGUAGCGAGAUUCACCGAUUCACCUAUUUCACAAAUUCACCGAUUCAAAUCUCACAGAUUCACUGAUUUCAGAUCAAUCUGCAUCGCCACCGCGAUUUCAAUUCAGAUAGGUCUGCACUGCCACCCCGAUUUCGAUUCUCUCUCAGAGAUUCAUCUUUGAUUUCAUCUCAGAGCGAUUUCGAUUUCUCUCUCUCUUGAUUUCAAAGCUCCACCGCCACCACCAUCUAUGCAAGCUUCCAUGGCUUAGCACCUCAUCUCCUUAUCUCUUCCACUUUGUAUAUACAUAUAUAUAUAUGUACAUUUAUCGAUUCUCUCAUGUACAUACACGUAUCUGUAUAGACACCGAUCGAUAAUGGAGUAGAGCUUCUUCUAUUUGAUCUAUUUUCUACACUGCCCAGGCCUCGCCGAGACAUUCCUCGACGUUUUGCUCUCUUCAGUCCCGAUUUGGCUCACUGUCAUGAUCGGCCUUGUUAUUGGUUGAUCCUGGCACCCUAGGUGGACCGGUCUGCUCUAUCUCGGUCUCCGCUCCGAGCUCCAGUUCGCCUGGACCACGCCACCGGGGUUCGGGGCUUGGAGGUUCUGGCUCGCCUUCAUGGCAUUUUCGGUUGGUCGGAGACUUUGGUCCAGGUUCAUUUGGAAGGGAAAGGACGGUUCUCUGGUGGCAGCGACGGCGCAGCUGGUUGAAAGUGGCGGUGACAUCAGUUGCCAUGUGAUGGGGUGAAGAUGAACGAGUCAUAUGAAGUGAACUCUAGAGGCGUGGAAAUUUUCACAAAAAGUUGGCUUCCAAAAACCUGCCCCCCCAAAGCAAUUAUUUAUUACUGUCAUGGUUACGGAGAUACUUGCACAUUCUUGGCUGAAGGAAUUGCCAGGAAGUUAGUAUUUUCUGGAUAUGGAGUUUUUGCGAUGGAUUAUCCAGGAUUUGGUCUUUCAGAAGGUCUUCGUGGAUAUAUUCCAAGCUUUGAUAUCCUGGUUGAUGAUGUCAUUGAGCAGUACUCAAAAACCAAAG